UCCUAGUCUGCAGAUCAUGAGGCGGAUCAUGGCAGGGAAGGGGAAUGAUGACUCCGCAGUCAUCAAGCUCAUUAAGGAAGCAGAAGAGAUGAAGCAGAAUCUGGAAAGGAAAAACAGGAUGCUUCGGAAGGAAAUGGAGAUGUUAUGGAACAAGACAUUCAACACAGAAGAACUCGGCGAUCAACCCAAAGCACCACAGAUAAAGAACAAAGCAGACUUGCAGGAUGGAAAGGCAAGUGGACAACAUGGUACCUAGAAUU